GGCCCGACAGGCCCGACAGGUCGAUGCAGGCGCUCAUGCGGCCCACGCUGCGCCUGGCCCGCGUCUUCGGCAUGCUGCCCGUGGACCUGCAGGACGGAAGGUUCCACUGGAUGAGCUUCGCCACGGCGUACUGCGUGUUCAUGGGGUCGUUCUUCCCCGCGCUCGGCGUCUGGGGCAUCGUGCGCUCGUUCGGGUUUCAAACCGUCAGCAACACUGUGGCGAUGCUCAACUCCAUGAUGUCCCUCCUCCUGUGCGGCACCAUGGCCCUGGCCAACGUCUUGCUGGCACGGCACUGGCGGGCGCUGUGCGCCGCCUACGACCACGUCGUCACCCAGAUACACGUCCUGGCCAUUGCCCCCGACCUCCGCCGCCGUCACCGCACCUUGGGGGCCGUCGCUGCCGGCGGCUUCACCCUGGCCCUGCUGCUUCUCUUGCUGGAGACGUGGUACACCUACCCCCGCCUCACGCCGCGCGAGAGGCUGAUCCUGAUGCUGGUGCGCACCGCCCUGUUCGGCCUGUACACCGUCAGCGACCUGCUCCUGGCCGUCGUGAGCGACGCCCUCACGCAGAACCUGCGCGCCUUCACCGCCCUUCUGCGGCCGGCCGCCGGCGAGGAAGCGACGCCGGACUUUUGGGAGGAAGCCCGGCGGACCUACGGGAACCUGACUGACCUCGUGGACUUCGUCGACGGCAAGAUUGGACUCAUGAUGAUCGGCAGCUACGCCCAGAGCGGCAUUUACCUGUGCAACUCGUUGUAUCACAUUUUGAGGGCACUGUGGGCAGAAAGUGUCACUGUAAGUGUGACGAAUUUCGUCGCGGCGAGCAUCAGGCUGUUGUGCGUGGCGUUCUACACCACCGCCGUCCACCAGGAGUGGCUCCACCUGAAGAGCGUCGUGUUCAAGGCGGAGGCGCGCGGCGACACGGCAAGAGUCGUGCAGGGCGUACACUGGCUUUCCCCCGGCAAACGGCCUACACACAGUGGGCCAGAGGACUAGUGGAGGCGGCCGAAACUCUAGACGCGUUUCGAGCUCCAGAGUCGCUAAGCAGGACUCCAGCUCAUUCGAGACGACCGCUGCCUCUACGCCCUGAGCCACUGAGACACACAGGCGUUAUGUGCCCAAAAUUAGACUGACGGUACUGGAAUCUUGUGCUGCUCUAGGCUUGAGAAGUUAACUGAGGAAAACGUAUUCUCACUGGGGAGUCGAACCCACGCCUCUUUACAGGCUCGAUCUAUAAUGAUUCGCUGAGCUCGAUCGACCUAUCGACCGACCGACCCAUUUGUGGGAUCACCUUUAGCGACCCUGGAGCUCCGCGUCCGGGAUUUUGGCCGCGUCCACGUGUGUUCUGGCCCACUGUACAACGCUGGCCCGCUCACGAAACCCGUUGCAGGUGCUCCGGCUGUCGCUGCAGGUCUGCACCGAGCCACUCGCCCUCACCGGCCUGGGCACCUUCCGUGUCAUUCGCCCGUUCUUCCUCUCGGUACACUCGAGGAAGUUCAUUUCGCCAGCAUCACGCGCGAAAAUUUUGGGUCUCAUAACGUAUCUCUACCUGCUUUCCCUCAGGUCGUCGGCUUCCUGGCCACGUUCGAGACGAUGCUUCUCCAGUUGGACCAGCGGCAGUAGGAUUGCGCCACAACAAAAACGAUUUGCGUAUUUAUAGGUUUCGAUUAAACAAAUUCAUUGAAAAAAUUAAAAACCGCAUCAUUGAGAAACAAACAAUGAUGUAAUUUGGCCUGUUCAGCGAGCGGUAAUUUUGACUAGUUCGCACAUCUGCCCUUACUUCCCGUGGCUGUUUAAGAUCGGAGAGUUUAGCGCACCAGUGAGAGCUGCGGUUGCAGUGCACUCUUCAAAACAACCGUCACGCAACUGACAUCAUCAAACCACUUGGAGGGGCGAUAACAAGAGAUCUUAUCAGUGGUUCGUCGGUUGAUCUGAUUUACUCAAAAUAACAAAACCAGCUCGUCACGAGAGGACAUUUUUCUUCGUUGCACGAUUUCGAGCGCGCGUUGCGCGACCCAACUACUGUGUCCCGGAAAAAGACACGACAUCUGAUCACACUGAUACCAGCCAGCGAUAAGAUGGGAUCGGAGUGGUGAUGAGUUCGUUCCCCUCCUGGCCAGCUGCCGCGUUCUGAGUCGGCUGCCGGCAACCAACGGUACGGCGCAUGCUCUCGUGUGUGUGUGUGUGUGUGUGUGUGUGUGUGUGUGUGUGUGUGUGUCUGUGGGUGUGUCUGUGUGUGUCUGUGUUGUGUGUGUGUGUGUGUGUGUGUGAGUGAGUGAGUGAGUGAGUGAGUGUGAGUGAGAGAGAGGGGGGGGAAUGGCCGGCCAAUUAUCGACAAGUGCUGCCAG